UACAGUCUGUAGGUCUGUACAGUUUCUUCAGAACCCGGUCAUGCUUUGUUUGUUCAGCAUAUACAGUGGGAUGUCAUACUUCCAUGUCCCCUUUUUGUCAUGGAGAUUUCGUUUUCAUUUUGAUUAAUGGGAAGAAUCCUUUUUUGUUUCCAUUUCCGCUAAGGUUUUAGAAAAUAUGCACAAUACAUUCAGAUUGGGUGGAGAUCAUUGAACCCCGUUCUCGGGAGCGAAUGUAUGUCAACUUGACAACUGGAGAGUGUGGUUGGGAUGCUCCAGCCAACCUCAGAGUUCGCCAAUCUGAUGAGAACCAGUGGUGGGAGCUCUUUGACCAAAACAACAACCGCUUUUACUACUAUAAUGCCAUUACACAGCAGACAGUAUGGCACAGGCCACAGGGCUGUGACAUUGUGCCUCUGGCUCAGCUCCAAGCCAUGAAACGCAAUUCCCAGUCUGACUUCAGGACAUCCCAGCACCGGAGCAGCACAAGUAGCGAUGGGCGGAACACUCCUAUCCAAAUGGCUCUUGUUCAAGAAAUGGAGAAGGGUAAAGAAAAUAACAGCCUGGAGAAAAGAUCAGAGACUGGAAGAGAUACUCCUACUCGGUGGCAGCCUUUACCAGGCACUAAGGCAGCCAUGCUGGUCAAAGUCAACAGUCUGAGACAAGUGAAUUCUUCUUCAAGCAAUUUACUUCAAAUGCAGAGCAAUGCAGAAACCAGCAGUCAGAAAUCUCUGCAGCCAAAACCAGUUGUAUAUGCCCAACCUCAGUCUGUAACACCAAGCUCGUUGGCUCCAAAACCUGCAGCUCCAGUUGAAACAAAGCAGUCCAUGCAAAUUAAGAAGACGGAGAAUGGUGGUUUUUGCCUAGUAUUAACUAAUGGACUCCCUUCUCAGCCUCCUUCAGGGAGUCAGACACGAACACCACAGCCUGCAUCUCCAAAGUAUGCUUCGCCAGCACCAAUAUAUGAUGAGCCAUCAAUUGACUCCCCGAUUUAUGAUGAACCUCCUGUAGAUAUGGACACUGGAAGUGCAAAUGUGAAUGGGAUAACACCACAAAUGUCACCAAGCAAUAGCUUGAAAAAGAAGCCCCAACCAGUUAAAUUAUUACAGCAUCCAAGUAUGCAGCAACACCAAGCUGGGAAAAAACAUGUGAGAAGCCCAUCUGCAACAGAAUACAGCCCUGUUGGAAGAGAAUAUAUUAAACAUAUGGUCAACAUUGAUCAAACAUCCAAGAACACUCACUCUCCAGUGAUGCACAUUGAAGGCAUUGCUAAACCACAGCUAGGGCAGCUUAUUUCCAGAGACAGCUUCAAGCAGUCUUGGAAAGUCUUAGAAGCAAAUGUUCUCAAAAAUAUGGAGGCUCACCACUGUCGGCAAAACAGUCUUCAAGCGCAAGAAUAUCCUACAGUUAUAAGUCAGCAAGAUUCAGGCUACUCGACAGGACCUUCUCCAAGCCUGAGAAAGAGAAAAGGGAGACGGCAAGCUCCAGGCCAGGGAAGGCCCGGCUCUGUAGGCAGUAGCAGUGAACUCAGUGCUCUGAACGAUAAGCUAAUUGCAGAGAUGCGGGCUGUGGUGAAUAGGUCUGCCACUUGCAGAGGGAGUAAAGGCAGCUUAGAUGCAGAAAUGCUGGAAAAUGCUAGUUUGCCAGAGGUCAAUAAAAUUAAGUUUCAAUCAGAACGCUUGAAAAAGUGUAACAGCAGGAGCUCAAGAGAUGAUGUGACUUCUAGUAACAGGUCCUUAUACAGGCCUAGAAUGGACAGUAGGGCAAGUGCCUCAAAUGACCCAACUGUACAGCAAGAUACUGUGAGGCAAAAGAGAACCUAUGAAAAAAUAGAUUCUUUAGAAAAGAACAAGGCAAGUCAGACAAACCUGUCUUCAUCAGACAGAACACAAACAUCACCCCAGUCUGGCACAAUGGAGUCUGAUUCCCAGCAAGAAAACAAUGACCAGCCUUCUACAAACAUGGGCUACCAAUUUCCCUUCCACACCAUAAGGAAGCCCAUUUCUCAAAGUAGCAUGGCUGACUGGGCUUCCAAAAACUUAAAUAUGCACACUCAGGGUAUAUUUCGCCGAAGGCUCUCCAUCGCCAACAUGCUCUCUUGGAAUGGCGGCUCCAUCAAAAAGCCAAUGCUCAUCACCAGCAACCAUACUAUCAAAAAAGAAGCUUGUGAAAUGUUUAAACUGGUACAGAUCUACAUGGGGGAUCGGCAAGCCCGGAUGGACCGAGAACAUGUGGCUUUGAUCACCAUCACCAAGUGCUGGACCAUUCAAGGCUUACGGGAUGAGCUAUAUAUCCAGCUAAUCAGACAAACAACAGACAAUAUGUGUUAUCGCGGCCUAGCAUGGGGCUGGGAACUCAUGGCCAUCAGUCUGGCCUUUUUCUCACCAUCGCCUAAGUUCCAGUCUUAUCUGGAAGGUUACAUCUAUCGUCACCUCAGCCAGGUCAACGAUGAAAACAUUGCACACCGCAUUAAGGAGCUUCUGGAUCUGAAAAACAAAAAGAACUCAAAAUCCAGGAAAAAGAGGAAGCAAAACACAGAGGACGAAGGCUUGCCGAUCAGCACUUAUGCCAGAUACUGUUACCGGAAACUGCAAAAGGUUGCAGUCACUGGAGGCAAAAAGGGCCUCCGAAAGCCUACAAUAGAGGAGAUAAUACAUGCCAAGAAUGCUAUUGUUACACCUUCACUGUUCGGCAGCUCUCUGGAAGAAAUCAUGCUACGGCAGCAGGACAUGUUUCCAGAUCACAAGCUGCCUUGGGUACAGACACAGCUAUCUCAGCAAGUUCUAGAACUGGGUGGAGAACAGACUGAAGGAAUAUUCAGAAUUCCUGGUGACAUAGAUGAAGUCAAUCUUCUAAAACUACAAGUGGAUCAGUGGAAGAUUCCUAAUAAUUUGAGUGAUCCCAAUAUACCAGCUUCUUUGCUGAAGUUGUGGUAUCGGGAACUGGAGGAGCCUGUAAUUCCACAGCAAUUCUACAAAGAGUGUAUCAGCAACUAUGAGAACCCUGAUGCUGCUGUAGCAGUAGUGGACCUCCUGCCAGAUCUCAACAGAUUGGUCUUGUGUUACCUCAUUCACUUCUUGCAGAUUUUUGCCCAGCCAAUUAAUGUGGGCAAAACCAAGAUGGAUGUAAACAACUUAGCCAUGGUGAUGGCUCCAAACUGUCUGCGAUGCCAGUCUGAUGACCCCAGAAUUAUUUUUGAAAAUACCCGCAAAGAAAUGUCUUUCCUACGUAUGCUAAUUGUACAUUUGGACACCAACUUUAUCAAAGGAGUGGUCUGAUGGUUUGGUUUCAAACAGGAGUGUGAAGAAAGCAAGGAAUUCUUGCCAAUAAUACCUUCCUUGAGCCUUGGAUCUCUCCCUUUACAGCCUCUAGGCUCCUGGGAUUGUUUCUGUUCCUUUUAAUAGGUAUUUCUUAACCCAAGCCAGGAUGUUGAUGACUGAAAAAGCCCCAUAUCGGAAGGACUUUUGAAACACUGUGGAGCCAAAUCCCAGACUAUGUAUGAAGUCAUUCUUGAAAUCCUCUGCUAGCCGCUUCCUAGGCAAAUAAGGAUGUCAGUCGGUGCAACUGCUUCAUAGCAAAAUGUGUCAACCUGUUACGUUUUACACUGGGAAAUCCUCUGUACAUUAAAUGCUCAUUCAUUAGAAUGAA